AUGCUUCGUAUUUGCACUACUCGAAGUGCUCAACUUUGUCUGAGCCCAACUAUAAAGACAACUUUAAGAUCCUCAAACUACAAAUUUGCUGGGGCCUCAUUUGUGCGUUUCAAUUCGUCGAAUUCUUCCGAACCAGCUAUCUCGAAAUCGGAAAUCCAGACACAAUUACCUUCAUUUGACGAUACCUCGUCAUCAAUCGUGGACGCUGGCUUAUCUGUCAGUGAUCAGAUCCCACAAUUAGUUGGGGAAGCCUCAAACCAUGUUGGUUAUCUGAGCAGUAUAGGUAUGGCAAAGUCGUGGUGGUGGCCACCAGAACUGAUCCAAAACAUCAUGGAGCAAAUUCAUGUGUAUUCGGGUUUACCAUGGUGGGGUACCAUUGUUACCACCACGGUUUUGGUGCGUCUUUUGAUGUUUCCUCUUUACGUCAAAUCAUCUGAUACUAUGGCACGGAACUCCAAAAUCAAGCCUGAGUUAGACGCCAUAAAUGCAGAACUGAUGGCUGCUACCGAUAUGGUGGAGGGCCAGCGCGUGGCAAUGAAAAGGAAAAAGCUACUGACAGAAAACGGCAUCAAAAACAGGUAUUUGGCAGCUCCCAUCCUUCAAGUUCCGCUUGCCCUUGGAUUCUUCUCCGGUAUCAGGCAAAUGGCUAACUACCCUGUGGAUGGCUUUGUCAACCAAGGUAUGGCCUGGUUUCCAGAUCUUUCGCUGGCAGAUCCAUACUUGGGACUUCAGAUCAUCACCGCUUCCGUAUUCAUCUCGUUCACGAGGCUCGGCGGUGAAACUGGAGCCCAGCAAUUUUCACCAAUGAUGAAAAAUGUCUUCACAAUUCUGCCUUUACUGUCUAUCCCUGCAACCAUGAAUCUUGCAUCGGGUGUGGUGUUGUAUUUUGCGGUUAAUGGAGCCUGCUCUGUUUUGCAAACUUUAACUUUAAGAAACAAAUGGUUUAGGCAGAAACUGAACAUCGCAGAAGUUGUCAGACAUGAGCCAACUCCUGGAACGCCUGCAAAAGGAAUGAUCGAGACUUUCAAAGAAAACAUGGAGAAAGCAAGACUACAAGCAGAGAGGAGAAAGACUAUGCAGGACAACGAAAAAAAACUGCAAGAAGCUGCGAAAGAGCUCAAGAGCAACAAGAACAUAAAGAUCGUCCGCAGAAGCGAUUUCAAAAACUCAAGAAACUAA